UACACUCCUUCCUGCUUACGAAUUUUAUCCUCAAACUCCUCCCUUUCCAUCACACAGAAAGAAGCAGCCAUGCCAGGUCCCGUCAUUGAAGAACUCGAAGCAGAGAAGAAGCUUAAGGAAGAUGAGCCAAUCGUGGAGGACGUGAAAGAGGAAGAUGAUCACGAUGAUGACGCCGACGAUUCUGAAGACGAUGACGAGGAUGACAAGGAAGAUGGCACCCAAGGUGGCAAUUCUAAGCAAAGCAGAAGUGAGAAGAAGAGCCGGAAGGCCAUGUUGAAGCUUGGCAUGAAACCUGUUACAGGGGUUAGCAGGGUCACUAUUAAGAGGACCAAAAAUGUUUUAUUCUUUAUCUCAAAGCCAGAUGUCUUCAAAAGCCCAAAUUCUGAGACAUAUGUCAUAUUUGGAGAGGCUAAAAUUGAGGAUUUGAGCUCUCAGUUGCAGACACAGGCAGCUCAGCAGUUUAGGAUGCCAGACAUGGGAUCUGUGAUGGCUAAGCCAGAUGUGUCUGGCUCUACUGCUGCGGCAGAGGCAGAUGAGGAAGAAGAAGAGGUCGAUGAGACUGAUGUUGAACCUCGGGACAUUGAUUUGGUCAUGACACAAGCAGGAGUGUCCAGGAGCAAGGCAGUCAAGGCUCUGAAGACCCACAAUGGAGACAUAGUCAGUGCCAUCAUGGAGCUGACCACUUAAGUGUUUUUUCAAGUAUUCACCUUUCAAUUCGUGCUCUAUGAUGAAUCUUGGAGGAAGUCAUGCUUUCAUACUAUUUUUGUUGCCCUUGUUAAUUGGUGAACCCCCUAUUGAGUAGUAGUGCGUUGUAGAACCUCAAUGACCAAUAUCAAGAAAUGAAGGGCUUUUCUUUAUUA